ACAGGACAGUGGCUAUUAGCCAAAAGAUGCUUAAAUAUUAGAUUACCAAUUAACUAAUGAAAGGACUCUAAAGUUUAUAAUAUCUUUUCCAACUAAGUCCUUUUAUAAUCAUAUAAAUCCAAGUGAUUAGCACAACAUAUACAGGUCUACCUCACCCACAUCAAGAAGCAAGCUAGCUAGCUAGAACACAAAGUCUAACUGGUUGAUUAUCACGUACUAAAUAGAUCGAGUUGACGUGAAAGAUGAAGGAAGAUGUAGAUCAAAUGAAAGUGUCUGUACCGAUCAAGGACUUGUGGAGAGCAAUGGCAACUGACAAUAGAUACGUAGUGCCUAAGGUUCUACCAGAUAUUGUAUCAGAAGUCGAGUUACUUGAAGGAGAUGGCGGCCUAGGAAGCAUGUUAGUAUUCAAAUUCUGGCCUCAUGUACCGAAAGUGAGCUACCAAAGGGAGAAGAUCGUGGAGUACAACGAAUCACAGUAUGAGAUUGCUCUUGAAAUAUUGGAAGGAGGGCAUCUGGAUCAUGGUUUCACUGCGUACACAACUGCUUUUAAGUUAACUGAACUAGGAGAAGCGGAGACACUGAUCGAUAUGAAAGUUUUGUACGAGACCAAACCUGAAUAUAAUCAUAUUCCUGGAGAGACCUUGAAAGCAACAUUCCGUUACCUCAAAUCAGUCGAAAACUAUUUGUUGAAAGGUUCGCCUUAAUUAAAAUGUACUGUACUUUGUCAAAUUGUUGUUAUGCAUCUUAAUUUGUUUGUCUUUUUUGUUUAAGAAUCCAUGUAUGUAUCAAAUCAAUCAAAUUAAUAAUAAAAGGAACAUACAUGAAACGA